AUGGAGCUUUCAUCGAAUCCGCCGUACAUCAGCACUAACACGCCAUCCAGCACCAUCGAACCCGAUGGACCCUUUACCUCUAACCUGGCGUCGAACCCAGUGGCAUCAGAUACUCAAAAAGAGAUGUCGCCGAUUCAUGGAAAAAGCGCAAUCUUCGCAGCAGCCGAGAGCAUGAGGAAAGCACUUGACACGUUCGUUUCGUUGGUGAAGAAGGGGAGUUGUGCCACCAGCCGCCAACCGUCCGCCGAUCCCAGCUCGCACAAUAGCGUGGAAUCAAUAGAAAAUUCGAUUAAGUCCGAAUCUCUGAGUAGCCAAUACGAAUCAAGCGACGACGUAGGCAGCGAUAUCUCUGGUCCCAGUCACUUUGUCUGUAUGCAUUGCGCAAAAGCGCGGAGUAUCGGCCUUCGGUAUGACGACAUCUGCGUGUACUGCUUUGAAAAAAAACAACAGUUCUGCGUACCGGGUGAUCACGAGACUGAUCAGAAUGAGUUUUUCGACGAGGACGGCAACGAGUAUGACGUUUGCAACGAUUGCCGGGAGAAGUUGGUGAAGAUGGAGGAGAUGAAGACUGAGAUCGAUAUCCAAAUCGAAUGA